CUGGUACUUCCGACUCAGGAAUUGAUAGGUUGACGAGGCUGUACAACAUGGUAGUAUUACAACGAGAUAGAUAAUCAACUUCAACAGAACAAGAUCAAGAUUAGGAUGUCGAAAGCAAUGAAGACUGUGAUGAAGAAGGCUCCUUCAUCUGGAGGACACUCCAAGAAAGCGAGUAGUCGUGGCACAGGAGUCAAAAGCACGAAGAAACCGUCAACAGUCGAGAAGAGGCUGAAGGUCAACAAGGUUAGAUUGAAGACUCCUUGCGUCAGUGAGAAGAUGAACACUGGUGGAAAUGAGACGAGAAAAACUCUUGACGUCAUCAAAGAGAAAACUCUUGGUGGAAGUAAGGGCAAAGGCGUC